UUUCUACAUAAAUAUUUUGGCAAAUCAGCAUUUUAUUUAUACCAUUACGAUUAAUUAUUUGUGAGACGUAUUUAUGUCAAAAACCAGACCUUAACUUUCCAAAAAAGGGCGAAGUAUUUAAGGAGUACAGUUCAGUUACUUGGUGUUUUGGAUAAACAUUUGGACUGCAGUGUGGGCCUCUGUUACAUGGUCACAAAAAGAAAAUCAAUGCUAUAGAAGAAGUAUUAGAUACUCAUUGAAUGUUUUAUUUCACAUUGAAUGCAAAAUGACGGAAUCAAACUCCUUUUCAUCUUUACAAGCUUUGGUGGAUAGUCACCUGUCCAAGACUGCAUCGCAAAGCGGUCUAUCUGGGAAUACCAAUGAAGCAACGAAUGGGCUAGCCAUGCCAAGUAGGAACCCUCAGACUAGUGCAUUGUCUGAUACACUACUUUCUUUACCUGCAUUACCUGGUAGAUUGCCAUUACCUACCCUUAGCUUAAGUGAAAGCCCUAUUACUCAAGUAUUAAAAGAACAAGUAUGUAAUAUGUAUAAGGCGAAAGAGUUAAGACGACAACAGGAAGAAGAUUCAAAAUUAGCUGAGAAAAUGGAACAUUUGGAACUACAAAACAAUAAGGAUCAUAUUAUUGACUUGAGAAGUGCUUUAAAUAAUAACACCAGUGUCAUACAUAGUACAGAUACUCCACAUCGUACAGAGGAAGCUAUAAGUAACAGCAGUUCUUUUGAAUCCCUUUUUUACCCAAAAUUUAGUAAUAGUGAUGAUGACGAUGCUGAAGCUAAUUAUGAGAUUACAAAAGUUAAUAAGACUCCUGAACAUAUUUUACCCUGUACAACUGACAUGUCAUAUAUACUAAAACAGAAAAUAAAGACAGGAAAAUGUUCCACUUUUGGCAAAGUGGUAUCAGCUAGGUUAAAACCAGUUGGUGCACCUUACCUGAGAGAAAGGGUCGAGACAAAUAUUGUUAGAUUUGAUUUCAAAACAAAGUCACCAUGUGAUUGUAUUAAAGAGAAACUCAAAAAGCCAGGCGUAUUUUUUGACAUGUCUCGAAAUGAUUGAUAUGUUUGGUAAUUAUCAAUUGUUAAUAUUAAUAAUUAUUUAUUUGUUAAAGACUUUUUUUUAAGUAACAUACAACAAGCAUGUUAGGUUACAUGUUUGUUGUCCCUAAUUGUAACUAUUUAUACUGUAAUUUUAAAUGUUAGGAUAUGAUAAUAAUUGCUACAGCUUUCAGCUGUA